AACAAAAUUGCUAUAAAAGCAAUGAUGAAUUUGUCAACAGAUAUCAGUUCAUUACGCUUCAUUGCAAAGAACCAACUUCAACAAAACAAAAAACAACUCAAAAUGAAAUUCAUUAUCUGUUUGGCUCUCUUCGUUGCUGCUGCUAGCGCUCAUGUUGUGGCUCCAGUGACCACUUAUGCUGCUGCUGCUCCAGCUUAUACAACAUAUGCCGCUGCUGCUCCAGCUUAUACCACUUAUGCUGCAGCUGCCCCAGCCUAUACUACUUAUGCUGCUGCCCACCCUGCCUACACCACUUAUGCUGCCGCUGCUGCUGCUCCAGUAUACACCCGCUCGUUGUACUCUGCUCCCGCUGCCUAUACAACCUAUUCGGCACCAGCUGUAGUGUCAGCUCCUGCUGCCGCCGUUGUUGCUCCAGCUGCUCCCGCAGUCUACACCACUUUGUUGAAGAAGAAGUAAAUGUUUUGAAAUUGGAACGAUGUAAUGAAAAUGAUCCUUUGCUUGACCGAAUUGGUUUCAAAUGACUGAUUGCUGCUAGAAAAAAAGAAAUAAAUAAAGGAAAAAAAACCUAAAUUAGAUAUUGUGUUUGUCA